AUGGCCGAAGCUCCCAAUGGCUCUGCGCAGCCCAGCGCCAAAGGAAACGGUUCUCGCAAAGUCACGACCACAACCAAGCCGGGCUUCGUCCGUUGGUCGAUAAGCUUGGUGGCACGCCUCGCCACCUGGGCCGUCAUCCUCACCAUCCUCUUCCGAUGCCCGCCUACGCUCCAAGACUGCGACGAGUCCUCCCCCUUCGUCUGCAAGCACUACUUCCGAGUCAAGAACGCCGUCACGCCCCAUGCCAAGCCCUACUAUGACCGGUAUGCCGCGCCGUACGUCGACGUUGCCCGGCCCUACUACGACACCGUCAAGACCAACGUCGUCACACCCAUCGGGCACUACGCCGUCCACUACGGCGAGCCCUGGGCUGCCAAAGGUCGCGACUACGCUCUGACCCAGUGGGAGGUUAAUGGACAGCCGCGCAUCGCACAGCUCCACGCCGUGUCGCAGGCCCAGUACGACAAGACUCUCGCGCCGCACGUCUCCAAGGCUGUCGCGCUGGCCGCGCCGUACUACGAUGCGGCCAAGACGCAAUCCCUGUACGCCGUGGACAGCAUCGUUUACCCCGCCUACGAAUUCUCUAAGCCAUAUGCCAUCCAUGGCUACGACACUUGGCAUAACUUUGCCCUCACCACGGUGCUGCCGGCAGCGCAGUGGACCUGGUCCAACACCAACGCGUUCCUAGACCGCGCUGUUUGGCCCCAGCUCCGCGUCGUCUAUGUUGAGAAUGUCGAGCCUCAGCUUGUGCGCAUCGGCGAGCGCCUGGGACGCUACAAGUCGCAUGUCAAGAACAAGACCCUGCAUGAAUCGGGCACGCUGGCGCCCGCCUCCAGCUCAACGACUGGGUCUCAAUCAUCGUAUGUGAGCAAGCCCACUCCACAAAACACCGUUCCGGAUGCCGCCAAUGGCGAACCCAGCGACGAGCCUACACAGAGUGAGGCGCAAGUCCAGGCCGAAUCUAGCCGCAACCCUGUCGAAGCUCCGGAGCCGGAAGAGGAUGAAGCCGACAGAGACCGGAAAGUCCGCGAAAUGGUUGCCAACGAUUUGGGGUCGUGGCAGGAAAAGUUUGCCACACAAGCCGAGCAGGGCGCUGCCGAGAUUGAAGACAGCAUAGACGACAUCUCCCGUCGCAUGAUUGACGAGGGGGCCAACGUUGUUGGAGUUGCCCUCACCCAGCAGCUGCAAGACACAAUCACGACCGAGGUUGCGAACCUAAAGGAAAAGAUCAACGCCCUCGUUUCUCAGCACCUCGAAGGGGCCGAGGUGGACGCCCACGAGGAAACCAUCCAGGCCGUCAGGGCCGCGGGCAUCGCCAUCAAGUCCAAGGCGCAGGCGAUCCGCAGCUGGCGCGAGCAGUACGACGAGGACGUGCAGAGCACGGUCUUGUCAACCUCGGACGUGCACUUCGCCAUCCUCGACGAGACGCGGAGCCUCGCGCUGCAGCAGAUCGGCAUGAAGUGGGCGUGGACCGACGGCAUCACCUACAAAGACUGGGCCAAGUACCACGAGCUCAAGAGCACCCUGAGCGACUGGACCGAGGAGCUGAAGCAGAUGAUCGUCACCCACCCGACCCUGCUCGAGGCCCAGGACGCGGUCGUGCGGGUCGAGGACCGCGGCAUGGCCAUCGCCGCGGCGGCCGCCAGGGAACUGGCCAGCCUUAAGGAGGUUGUCCAGUGGAAGAUUGACGCGGAGGAUGUGGCGGAUGAGUUUGACGCUGACCGCCUUAAGGCGAUUGUUGAGGAGAGAGCCAGGUUGGCUGAGGAGGCCAGGCUCAAGGCGGAGGAGGAAGCCAGGCUCAAGGCGGAGGAGGAAGCCAGACUCAAGGCAGAAGAAGAGGCACGCGCCAAAGCUGAAGAGGACGCUCGCGUCAAGGCUGAGGAAGAGGCCCGCGUCAAGGCUGAAGAGGAAGCCAGAGCGGCCCAAGAGGCCGCCGACGAAGACGAGGACGAGGACGUGCGGAUUCACUCGAUGAAAGAGUCGAUCGAAUCGAAACCUCUUGUCAGCGUCGAUGUCGAUGUAGAAUACACCGAAGAGGACGAGCGCAUGCGAUCGGUCAGGGAGGCGCGCACGUCGCACCCUCUCAUCAGUGAGGCCGUGCCUGAGGCCGCUGCUGAGGAGACCGAGGAGCCAGGUCAGGCCACACCAGAAGAGACACCAGCGGAUGCCGACGGUAAUGAAGAGGAAGAGAAGCCCGCGGUGCCGAAAGGGAACGGGGUCCCGGCCCAAGCCGCGAACGGCGGCCCCAAACACACCCAGCCCGUCCAGCCCCCCAACGCCGUCGACCGGUAA